AUGGGUUCUUUCGAAAUAAUCUCCAUUUUCCUUAUUGUCCUACUUUUCCCAUCAUUUCACCCCAAAGGUGGAGCUUCAGCUUCUGCUGAAGAGGCUGCUGCACUUCUGAAAUGGAAAGCCAGAUUUCAGAACCAGAACAAUGGCUUGCUAACCUCAUGGAACCUUCAAUCCAUGAAUGCUAGCAACUCUUCCAACCUUCCAUGCACUUGGGCUGGUAUUUCUUGCAUUAAUGGAAGUGUUAACAGGUUGAAUCUCUCAGCAUGGGGUAUUAAAGGUAGCCUUUAUGACUUCCCUCUUUUGUCCCUCCCAAAUCUUGAAUAUCUUGAUCUCAGCCUGAACCAGUUCUUUGGCAGCAUACCUCGUCAAAUAGGUAACCUGUCGAAGCUCAUUUAUCUUGAUUUCUCAGUUAAUGAGCUGUCACAAGAAAUCCCACCUGAAAUUUGCAACCUAAGAAACAUGGUUCGCCGUCGCGGGUUGCGGUCACGUCGCGGUCUCGAUUGUUCCACAUCCGUCGCAGCAUAUCAGUUAAAUAUCGGGUGA